ACUAUAGAAACAACUGUUUAUAUUUCGAGUUUGUGGAUACUGGUUAGAGUUAGACUUGGGGAAUAGGACUGGUUAAAGUUAGAAACUUUAUUUUCAUUAUUACUGGAUGCCCUCAUUCAACACUACUGAAUGGUUCAAAACUAGUCAGGUGGUGACGUUAGUUAGCCACCUUAGGGGACAACAGAUACAGCAGUCACUAUCUAGAGUGUGAUUAAGAAAAUGUAUUGCAUUCAUUUUUUAAUGGGAUCUGUAUAAACAUGAUAGUGAACCGUGCCCUGAUUUUUUUCACUUGGUGAAAGCCCAAUUAUGGAAAAUGGCAGUGAGAUUUGUGCCUGCUGAAAUUGCACAUGAGCUCCCAGUAUCAGGAUUGCUGCUUCCUGGGAAGUUGCCACUGUGUUGUAGAAACUUGUGCAUUACUGUAAGAUUUGAAGGUCUGCAGCAACUUAAAAUGACUCGGAAUCAGAAAUCACUCGAAGUUCUUGAAAGAAAGAUGUGUUAUGGUUUAGAAUGGAUCAGAGAUUUUCAAAUUUACAGAAAAAUAUUUAAAGCCCCUACAAGGACCACUGUGGGUUCAUGUCUUGCAAAUAAGUUGGGAUGGAAUUUCUAUGAUGCUGACGACUACCAUUCUAAAGAAAACAAAGAAAAAAUGGUUAAAGGAAUACCGCUGGAUGAUCAGGACAGAAUCCCCUGGUUGUGCACUUUGCAAGAAAUAAUAAUGAGGGAAAAAUCAUUUGGAGUAAAUAUGAUUCUUGCGUGCUCUUCUCUGAAGAGAAUCUAUCGGAGACUCCUGACUGAUGUGCAGAGUACUGUCAACACAGAUUCAAAACAGAAUCAGGAACGAUCACAACUUGGCUGCAACAAGGAAAUCUUGUUUGUGUAUCUUCAUGGCUCCAUAGAAUUGAUUACCAAGAGGCUGGAGAGUAGAAAAGGACAUUACAUGUCACCUUCUUUGUUACAGUCUCAGUUUGACACUCUGGAACCACCAGAGGGGACUGAGAAUUUCAUUGAUAUUAAUAUUGAGAAAAACAUUCCAGAGAUAGUGGCUGAGAUUGAGAAAAAUCUGGGUUAGAAUCUUUGAUUUUUAACAGGGCAUCAGAAAUAAAUUACUGCAACCUACUGGUGGGAAAAUAUGUUCCAUGUCAGUAAUUUGUUGUUAGAUAGCACAAGCAUAUCUAGAAAAACAACAGUGGAAUCGAAAAGCAUUUUUCAUUGAUAAAACCUCAAUGACAAAAUGGCAACACAGCGCAUUCAUCGAGUAGUCCAAUAUGCUACCAAAAUUAUAAUAGUUUAUAAAUUAAAUACAUAUAAGUGAUAAUAGAAUUGGUAGUUUCUGGCUAUGAUAGCAGUAUUUUUAUAUUUAUUUUUAAAAUUGGCAUGGUUUUAAGAUUUACUGUGUAAAUGUUCAGACCUAAUUUAUCCAGAUAUAUGCAGAAGUGGUUUGCAAAUCAUUAGAUUAAUCAGAGACAAGCUCAAUGUAAAAUUUUUUUGUAAAUAAAAGCAAACAAAAGUAGCAUCAAUAGGCAUAUAAUAAAAAGAACCUGUAGAAAAAAA